AUGUCUCCUCCUCCUCUCACCCCGUCCCCCACCAUUCCACAACCGCCAAAAUGGUCAUCGGCUUCUUCAUUGGAAUCACGGCAUUAUUCUUGCUAUCUAUCUCAAUCAGCGCUUUUGAGUUUUUCCACUAUCACCAUAUGUGCCAAGCUCGCCAUAAUCGACAAAGUUCAUAAGGGGAAUGCUGAUGAAGCUCAGCUAGAAGCUGGUGCUAGAGGUGCACCAUCCGAGCUUCGAGCUCUAGCCAUUGCCACCACUAGCAUGGCGGGUCUCAGUUUGACGGCCAGGCCUGCCCUCCCCCCCAACCUCCUAAACUCUCGCCACGUGUCACCAUCUCCUUCAUUCCCUUCCUCUAUAUAUAUAUAUAUAUAUAUACACACUAACACCACUCUCACUUCACACCAUUUCCAAAUUCUCAAAACUCUCACAAUGAGCUGGACUCGUGGCCCUACCAUCGGCCACGGCGCCACCGCCACCGUCUCCCUCGCCGCCGCCGCCGCCACUCCGGUCACCACCUCCUCCUCUCCAUCUAUCUUCGCUGUCAAAUCCAUGGAUCUCUCCAUCUCUUCCCCGUUGCAACGAGAGAAGGACAUCCUCUCUAGCCUCCACUCACCUCACAUCGUCUCCUACCUCGGCUUCGAUAUCACCGCGGAUCCCUCCGGCUCCCGCAGCUUCUUCAACCUCUUCAUGGAGUACGCCCCUGGCGGAUCCCUCUCCGACGAGAUCAAGCGCAACGGGGGAAAGCUCGAUGAGCUCUCGAUCCGCUCUCGCUCGCGCGAAAUCCUUUUGGGGCUCGCUGAUCUCCACGAUAACAGAGUCGUGCAUUGCGACAUCAAAUCCGAGAACAUCGUCAUCGGGGUUGAAGGAACCGCGAAGAUCGCUGAUCUUGGAUGCGCUAAGGAGUUGGGAGACGAUUCCGAUCGGAGGAUCCGAGGCACGCCGGCGUUCAUGGCGCCGGAGGUCGCUCGCGGGGAGGCACAAGGGCCAGAGGCUGAUGUUUGGGCAUUUGGUUGCACGGUGAUCGAGAUGGCGACGGGGAGAUCUCCAUGGCUAAUUGGAUCAGAGAUCGAUCCUUUAGCCGUUCUUCAUAAGAUCGCCUUCUCCGGCGAGACGCCGGCUGCGCCGGCGUGGUUCUCCGAUGAGGGUAAGGAUUUCGUUUCAAAGUGUUUGAUGAAAUGCCCUAAUGAUCGUUGGUCGGCGGAGGAGCUCUUGAAGCACUCGUUCCUCGCUUCGUUGAAGACCUCGCCGGAGCCGAAUAAGUGGGUUUCUCCGAAGAGUAUUUUGGAUCUUGACGUUUGGGAAUCUCUCGCCGACGAUGACGACGACGACGACGAAUCUCCGGUGGAAUCUCCGGUGAGAUUCGGGGAUCUUUUCAGCGGGGAAUUCUCGCCGAAUUGGAGUUGGGACGAGAACUGGAUCGCAGUGAGAAACGAAAACAUUUCAAUUGAAGAAAGUAAUCACUCGUUAACAAGUUCAUUAGAGACUGUUAAUUGUGAUUUGGAUGUGAUUAGUGAUGGGAUUAGUGAAGGAGAUAAUGAGUACUUAUUAGCAUGUGUUAAUUAUGAUUUAGAUUUAAUUAAAGAUGGUGUUUAUAGUGAAGUGCAUUUUGUUUUGCUUUGUAUAAUAAUAAUAAUUAUAUUUAUUAUUAUUAUUAUUGUUACUGUUAUUAUUAAAAGGAAUAAUGUGAAUUUGGAUGUUGUAAAGGAAGGGUUUUGGUGGGUUUGGAUAACGCCAUCAGUGACUCCAAUUUCACACCGGCCAAUUCUUGGUAGCAUCAUCACAGCAUAUGCUUUUAUUUAUUUAUUUACUUUUCUUACUUUAUUAUUGGCCUGCGGCCUGCCAUAUUAUUUGAACUUUUAUAUUUUUAAAAUAUUAUAA